GAUAACUAAAGGAAAAGAAAUUUAUAUUUCGAAUUUCGAUGGUUUCACUGAGGUUUCCGUUCUUGUUUUCUCGGACAAAUCGCCCACACUUCACCAACCCAACUCAUGGAACUUCCCGUUCCCGCUCUAUCUCCGUCACCGUCGCCGUUGCUGCCGCAUCCGCCACUGCUGUAGUGGCUGGCGUCGCCGCCUACCAAAACCAUAAACACCCAUUUGUCGAGAACGCUCUGGACUUUUUCUUCUCCAAGCCCUCUUCCUCCCACCUUUGGGCUUCACUCUCUUUCGCUGACAGUUCUUCAGCCACAGUUGUUGACUCCAAAACCGGCGUCUCUUUUCCUUCCGAACUCGGCGGUUCUCAAAAACUUCUCGGGAUUGGUUUGAGAAAAAAGAGCGUAUUGGGAUUGAAGAACAUUGAUGUCUAUGCAUUUGGCGUGUAUGCGGAUCAUGGUAAUGUAAAGAAAUUGCUGAGGGAGAAAUAUGGGAACUUAUCCAUUUCUGAACUGAGGGAAAAUAAGGAGUUUAAUGAUGAUAUUAUGGAAGCUGCUAUAAGCAUGACUGUUAGACUUCAAAUUAUUUACAGCAAAUUAAGCAUACGCUCUGUUCGAAGUGCUUUUGAAGCGUCUGUUGGAAGCAGACUCAAGAAAUUUGGGGGAUCAGAUAAUAAAGAAUUGCUUCAAAGGUUCACUUCUCAGUUUAAAGAUGAAUACAAAAUACCACGGGGAUCUAUUAUAGAUCUUUCAAAGGAACCAGGCCAUGUACUUAGCACAAAAAUUGAUGGUAAGGAGGUGGGAAGUAUCCAGAGCAAACUCCUGUGUCGCUCAAUAAUGGAUUUAUAUUUCGGGGAGGAUCCAUUUGAUAGGAAAGCUAAAGAGGACAUUGAGCUUAAUCUUGCAUCUCUCCUUCAGAAGUAGAUAAGUUAUAUAUUCAAUGUUACAGGGUUUUAUGUUUUCUUUUUAAUCUUGCCAUCUUUAGCUGUAUGGUUUAGUACUUGUAUCUCUUCUCUUUGAGUAAUUGCUUUUACAUUACAAGUGAUACUUGACACAGUCUGGUUAUAAGCCCUUCUUCCUUUUA